GCCCAGAUAACGAAACUCCGUCAAAAGAAAAAAAAAAAGAGAGAGGAAAAGGACGAUCAGAAGAGCCAAAGGUUAAGGCAAAGGAGAAGACCAAGAUGGAGGCGGCGGCGGCGGCCGGAAGAAGAGGGUGGGCGGCUGAGACUCCGAAGAUCGUGUGGAACCAGAGCCAGCAGAGGUUCGAGACGGAGGACAGGAAAGCCUACCUAGAGUACGUGCUCAGGGACGGCGGGCAGGUGAUGGACAUCAUCCACACCUUCGUGCCGCCGUCGAAGAGAGGACUGGGGCUGGCCUCUCUCCUCUGCUCCGCCGCCUUCGACCACGCCAAGUCCCACUCUAUGUCCGUCAUGCCCACCUGCUCUUACGUCUCGCCGUACGUGUCGUCGUUUCUCGAUUGAUUGAUUACAGCGUCGCCCGCCGCCAUUAGGCUUCAAUGAAACAGAGGAUCUAUUUCAGGGAUUUUAUCAAAAACCAAAUGUGAUGUAAAGUUCGGAUUUUCCUAUGUCAAAACAAACAGCCCCCCAUACAUGAAAGAUGGAGAAUCAGACAAUUUUCCGAGGAUAUCGGCGAUUCUUCUCUGUUUCAGAUAGAGAUUAUUAUUAUCGAUUUGUUGGGAUCCUCGGAUUGAUCUGCUGCCGUACGAGGCUGUUUGGCCGUAAAUAAUACAUGUGUUAUAAAUUA